AUGGCGAAUUUAAAUAAAUUUGGACAAGAAGUUGGUGCCGAUGUCAAUGGCUGGACAACAAGGGUCUUCCCAGAGAAAGUCGUACUGAAAGGCAACUACUGUAGACUAGAACCUCUUGAUAGAGAAAAACAUGGGUCGGAACUUUUUAGUGCCUAUAAUAAAGCGGGCCAAAAAUUAUGGACGUAUUUACCUGUGGGCCCAUUCAAUACCUUAGAGGAAUUCCUAGAGUUUAUUAAGAAACUUAAUGAAACUAGAGAUACUGUGCCUUUCGCAAUUAUCAAUGAAGAGACUAAACGUGCCGUUGGUACAUUAUGCCUAAUAAGAAUCGAUGAAGCCAACGGUUCACUAGAAGUUGGAUAUGUGAUUUUUUCGCCGGAAUUGCAGAAGACUAUUAUUGCAACUGAAGCCCAAUUCCUUUUGAUGAAAUAUGUGUUUGAUGAUCUACAAUACAGGAGAUAUGAAUGGAAGUGUGAUAGUUUAAAUGGGCCAUCCAGGAGGGCGGCGAUGCGCUUAGGGUUUAAAUAUGAAGGUACGUUUCGACAAGUGGUGGUUUAUAAGGGUCGUACACGUGACACUCAAUGGUUUUCAAUAAUCGACAAAGAAUGGAUAUUUAUUCGUAAAACCUUUGAGGAAUGGUUAGAUGGAACAAAUUUUGAAAAUGGUAGACAGAAGAGAGGACUAGCGGCAAUAAGAGAAAAUUUGUUGAACUGA